GACGUGGGGACAGGGCACCAUGAGCCGGUCAAGGCAUGUAGGCAAGAUCCGGAGACGUCUGGAAGAUGUCAAGGCCCAGUGGGUCCGGCCAGCCAGGACCGACUUCAGUGACAACGAGAGUGCCCGGCUGGCCACGGAUGCCCUCCUGGAUGGUGGCCCUGAGGCCUACUGGCAGGUGCUCAGCCAGGAAGGAGAGGUGGACUUUCUGUCCUCGGUAGAGGCCCAGUUCAUCCAGGCCCAGGCCAAGGAGCCCCACUGUGCCCCCGAGGCAGGGGCUGAGGCAGGCCCUAGGGAACUGGAUUCCUGCUCUCUGCAGUCAGGGACCUACUUUCCGGUGGCCUCAGAGGGCAGCGAGCCAGCCCUGCUGCACACCUGGGUCUCCGCAGAGAAGCCCUACCUGAAGGAAAACUCCAGCGCCACCGUGUACUUCCAGACAGACAAGCACAACAACAUCAGAGACCUCGUGCGCCGCUGCAUCACCCGGACCAGCCAGGUCCUGGCUAUCUUGAUGGAUGUCUUCACUGACGUGGAGAUCUUCUGUGACAUUCUAGAAGCAGCCAACAAGCGCGGGGUGUUUGUCUGUGUGCUCCUGGACCAGGGAGGCGUGAAGCUCUUCCAGGAGAUGUGUGACAAAGUCCAGAUCUCCGACAGUCACCUCAAGAACAUUUCCAUCCGGAGCGUGGAAGGUGAGGUGUACUGCGCCAAGUCAGGCAGGAAGUUCGCUGGACAAAUCCAGGAGAAGUUCAUCAUCUCUGACUGGAGAUACGUCCUGUCCGGAUCGUACAGCUUCACCUGGCUCUGCGGACACGCGCACCGGAACAUCCUGUCCAAGUUCACGGGCCAGGCCGUGGAGCUCUUCGACCAGGAGUUCCGCCACCUCUACACCUCCUCCAAGCCUGUGAUGGGCCUGAAGUCCCCCAAGCUGACAGCAGCCCUCCAGCCCAGAGGGGGCCCCAGCCCCCAACCCGGCCGCCUCAGCGGCAACAGCAGCUCUGCCAGUGACCGCACGUCCUCCAACCCCUUCAGCAGCCCCUCGACAGGCAGCAACCCGCAGCACCAGAGUCUGUGUGCUUCCUCGGGGCCUGGCAGCCCCCUGUCCCCAAACCCACCUCCACCCUCCAGGUUUCAGCCCUACAACAGCCCUUGGGGGGCCCUGUCCCCCAAGGCCCACUUUUCCCCAAGACUUCACGACAGCACCCCGGCUCUGUACAGCAACUUCAAUGCCUACAGGCCCACUCGGCUGCAGUUGGAGCAACUGGGCCUGGUGCCCAGGGCUGUCCACACCUGGAGACCCUUUCUACCAGCCUCCCCUCACUUCUAAAGGGCCCCUGGCCAGGGCCAGGGCUCCGCAUU